CGCCCCUUUAAUGCCCGCUCCCUCCUUCCAGUUUCUCGGAGUAGCUGGCAUUACGUGGGAAUGCUGGUCCCGAAGUUUUUGAAGAGCUGCCAGCUCUCAGGAAGGUGCGUAUUUCUACUGUGGGUGCACCGGCGCCAGACAGCGGCUGCAUGGUCAUUCCUGUCCGCUACUUAACAUCUGUGGGAAUGUCAGAAACUAACAUCACAUGCCACUAAAACAAACCCUAAUUGCAAAGAAUACUGCUUUUUCACACAUCUACAGUUAAUCUUCUGAAAUGCCGGAGCAAAGCAAUGAUUAUAGGGUGGUUGUAUUUGGAGCAGCAGGAGUUGGGAAAAGCUCUUUAGUUCUCCGCUUUGUUAGAGGGACUUUCAGAGAAACGUAUAUCCCAACAGUUGAAGAUACAUAUAGGCAGGUGAUCAGCUGUGAUAAGAAUAUAUGUACUCUACAAAUCACAGACACUACAGGAAGCCAUCAGUUUCCUGCAAUGCAGAGGUUGUCCAUUUCCAAAGGGCAUGCAUUUAUUCUGGUGUACUCUGUGACCAGCAGGCAAUCCGUGGAAGAAUUACAACCCAUCUAUGAGCAGAUAUGUGAAAUCAAAGGAAACAUUCAAAAUAUCCCCAUCAUGUUAGUGGGUAACAAGAGAGAUGAGACUCAGAGAGAAGUGGAGGCCACCGAGGGAGAAGCACUGGCCUCGAAGUGGAUGUGUUCUUUCAUGGAGACCUCGGCCAAACUAAACCACAAUGUGCAGGAACUUUUCCAAGAGUUGCUUAAUUUGGAAAAGCGGAGAGCAGUAAGCCUCCAAGUGGAUGGGAAGAAAUCCAAACAACAGAAAAAACGAGACAAACUGAAAAGAAAAUGUUCCCUGAUGUGAAGCAUUGUCUAAUUGAAUUCUGUUUACUGCAUGGUACAACCAGGCAUGGAUUUCACAGACUCCUGUGCCACAUGAUCCACAUUUGCACAGAAAGUCUCAUUUUAAAAUAGCCACAAAUCAGAUAAUAAAGUCUUAAAUCAACUGUAUGAUCAAUGAAUCAAAACUAAAUGUCAGAUCUCUACGAUGGAUGGACUCCAUCAUGAGCUUUGGUUGUUGUUUGGACAAAAAAAAACAUGCUUCCUGCAUUUUCUUAUUUAAAUCAUAAUUUCCUA